AUGGACCCUGAAUCGUCCAAGAAGGAAGAACUGACCGUUGGGACAACCAAGUCUUCAGACAGCCAGGCCUCGAAAAACGAAAGCAAUGCCGUGGACUCGGGUGAUACAGACAUAUUUAUUUCCGAGCCUGUCAUCAGCAAGUUUUCCUCCAUUUCAGCUCUCCUUGACCCAAGCGCACGAGCAGUGGAGGAUUUUACUCGCAAUAUCACGAUCUUUCAGAGUUUGGGAUGUCUUUGGCCACAGCUUGUCGGAUGUUGCAAGUCAAAGAAAAGAUCUAUAUCCGUCAUCGAGCGGCUACUGGAGCGCUACGCAAUGGAUUUGGCUGUGGUGUCUCAAAAAAUGAAAACAUCCAACCUUCCGGAUGCCCUGCCCUGCUUUGCUGCGGCACGUUUUGUUCGAAACUCACGGUCACGCAUCGCGCACAACAUAUGGAACGCCCAAGAUCAUGUCAUACGCAGCUGCGCAGAAGACGUGGAGAUAUAUCAUGAAAUCGUCCCAAUGAACCCCGCCCUUGAAAUCGAAGACGACUUUGAUUUAAGGGAUGCCGACUUCAUGUAUGAAAAUAUCGAACAAUUCUUGUUCACCAUGAACCCGAUUCUCUCGCUCCAAGCAAAUAUCAAGCUACUCAUCGGACUCGAAGAUCCGGUGGAUUAUGGAGGAAUCAGAGGGUUCUUGAAUUCCUUGAAAAUUUCCAUUGUGAACAAAGUCUCAUCAAUAUGCGCGCUUGACAAUCUUAAAACAAUCCUCUCCAGCUACUCUGGCGGACACCCUGUGACCUUGCAGCCUGAGGACUUUGACCCGCCGGCCAUCAACGACAGGCCCGAACGCGAGAAUAUCUGGCUUAACUUGUGGGCCGAUUUGCGUAAAUCGAGGCAGCGGAUAUCGACCGAGAGCCUUCGCCGGCUUGUUUCGCUCGAGUUUGUCAUGGUAGGCAUCGCUGACCCAAACUUCUGCAUUAUCCUACCAUGGUAG